CAUUUGGCACAUUAGCAGCUGUGCGCUGGACAGUUGCUACCCUGGGAUGUACCAUGAUUGGAGUUUUGAAGAAUGUUUCAGAUUGGAACUGAACCAUCGGUGGAUCGCAGCUGCCAAAAUGAAAUUCAAUCCCUUCAUGACUUCUGACCGAAGCAAGAACCGCAAAUGGCAUUUCAAUGCACCUUCUCACAUUCGGAGGAAGAUCAUGUCUUCCCCUCUUUCCAAAGAACUGAGACAGAAGUAUAAUGUUCGGUCUAUGGCCAUUCGAAAGGAAGAUGAAGUUCAGGUUGUUCGGGGAUACUACAAAGGCCAGCAGAUUGGCAAAGUGGUCCAAGUGUACAGGAAGAAAUAUGUCAUCUACAUUGAGGGAGUCCAGCGAGAGAAGGCUAAUGGCACAACUGUCCACGUGGGCAUCCACCCCAGCAAGGUAGUUAUCACCAGGCUAAAGCUGGACAAGGACCGCAAGAAGAUCCUGGAGAGGAAAGCCAAGUCCAGGCAAGUAGGAAAGGAGAAGGACAAAUACAAAGAAGAAACAAUAGAGAAGAUGCAGGAGUAG